AGUCUUUUUUUCUGUUUUGCUGUGUUGUUUUUUACUUUUUCUUGGUAUUUUCAGUUUUGUUCCUCCCUUUUUCGCUUCAAGUUUCCACAACCCCCAAAAAUCACCCAAGCCAAGCCUUUCUUUGCUUACCCCCAUUCAAGCCCACGCAUCCACCCCGCAACUAAAUGGUGUACAGCUUCAUUUACGGUGGCUACAAGGCCAUUACCAAGUCGAGCAAGCGACGCCGACAACGCCGCAUCCAAAGCACGGUGCGGCUGCCAGACCACCCGACGCCAGGCUCGUUCGAGUACAGCAGCGUGGUUUUCAUUGCGCGCUCGAACGCCGAGUACGACGCCACGCCAGCCGCCGCAGCAGCAACAGCAGCUGCAGGGAAUGCUCCUGGAACGCCGCUCUCACUGUCGGGAGAAAUGCGCCAAAUCCCAAGCGCCACUCCGCACCAGCCCAACGCCGGGUUUGUUCCUGGCACGUUCGCGCCUCCUCCGGGCCCCAGCGACUCGGAAGGCAAGGACCAGGCAGAAUCGCCAAAUGUGCACUUCAAGCUCAGCAACCCGUCGUCCGACUCGACGCUGCCAACCGUGACGCACCCAAGCCAAGUUGUGCGCCAGCAUUCGGACUCGUCGUAUUGCAACCAUGACGCGUGCCGAAAUAACAGCGGCGGCAACAGGCAACAGCAGCAGCAGCAAGUGAUGGCGUUGCGCCGCGGCUCAUCCACCAUGUUCCGCUCGGAGCCGCUCGCGCCACGACCGAGCAUUGCACCGGGCGCGCUGCACCACUGCGUUUGCCUCAAGACGACCGAAAUGUCGCGCUUCAAGGUGCGGUCGCUGGCCAUCUGCAAUGGCUACCUGCUCUUGUUCCACGACAAGAACAAGACGUGGAACACGCUCGCCACAAAGUACACGGACUCGCACCGCGAGCCCAUCAAUCUCAACGAUGCCAUCGUGUACAUUAGCCAGAGACGGCGCCACGCUCACCACUACGUCUCGCCCAUGCUCCGCGCGCGCUCGUCCAGCGUGGCUGGCGACUCGACGGACAGCGGCGUCGACAUUGUCCCUGCCAUCAGCGCGCGCCACGGCAUCCUCGACGACAUUCGCGAAGAUCCGACGCAUGCCACGGAAGAAGACGACGAUGCAACCACUGGCAGCGGCUCGGGUGGCCUGAAAGAAAACAAGGAGAAUGUGAUUGAGAGCGCGGGUGACACUGCUGCUGGUCAGUCGUCGAGCAACCAAGCCCCGGCUAGCGCCGCGAAUCGCCGCGUGCUCUGGUCAUCCUCGGUGCCAUCAACCAGCACCGCGACGGAAUAUCGAGACGGAUCCUCCGUCCGCGUUGGCGCUGGUGGCGGUGCGCCCGCCUUCCGCCGCCCUUCCAUCGUUCCCGACAUGGUCAUGGACGAGGAGAUGGUGCGACGGGUGCAGGCACUUGCGCCGCUGACCUUUGUGAUUGAGCCCCGUGCCCAGUCGCAUGGCCACGUUAUCAACCACACAGGCUCCACGAACGUGGCCCGAGCCGAGUCUCCAGAGGUGCAGGAGACCGAGCCAUCCUGCUGGGGCUCGAGCGGCUCGUCCACCAAUACGUCCAAGCCCCGCACCUUUCCAGUGCUGCAUAUUCGACCGCGGACGCUCGCAGAAGGGCGGGAACUGCUCAAGGCGCUGUCUCGUCAUGCCGAGAUCCAAGAGUGUCUCGCCCACGACGACGAUGCUGGCGAGCUGCCGGAUUUUGGCAGCACGGUCAGUCUGAACCGAGCGUCGCUUUGAGAAUUUUACGCGUAGCAGCGCGUGCUUUGGCCGUUCGCGCUUUUUUGCUCUUCUUGUACAGCACGCAUGUAGUUUUGUUCUUGUUUCGUUCGCUCGCUAUAGUUUUGAUGUUGUCGGAGUUCCUUUUUAGAUUGUGUGCCGGCAAGAAAAGCCGAGUCAAAAAAAUUCAGUGUCGCAUUUGUUUCAUGUUCACCCACCUCCCACGCGCG